AUUCGUUUUAUUCUCGAUAGGCUGAUUGACAACAAAAGGCUCUAUUUUGAGGAGCAUUGUUGUUUUUAAAUGUUUCUCUGUAAAUAAGUGUUCUGCAUUGGAAGCCUAUAGUAGUGAUUAACAUCGUGGAGGACAAAAUAUGAAGAGACGGAAUGCCGAAAGUGGCAAAAUGCGGCGCCCCCUAAAGCGCACAAAAAUCACCGAAGGAAUGUAUGGAAACUCAAUGUUGUACCUGAAAUUUGUUAUGUUGUGGGCGACAGUUGUACUCGCAGAUUAUAUGCUCGAAUUCAGAUUUGAAUUUCUUUGGCCAUUUUGGAUGAUGCUUAGAUCAGUUUAUGACUCGUUCAAAUACCAAGGACUGGCAUUUUCAGUAUUCUUUAUAUGCAUAGCGCUCACAUCUGACAUGAUAUGUUACUUCUUCAUACCACUGCAGUACAUAUUGUUUGCUGCCAGUACCUAUGUUUGGGUACAGUAUGUUUGGUACACAUAUGUACCUUUAUGUGUAUCGCGUGGUGUAGUCGCAGACAAGGGCAUCUGCGUGCCAACGGUGGCAGUGUGCUGCCUGGUGGUGUGGGUGGAGGGCGCGGUGCGCGGCGAGCGCGUGAGCGUGGGCGUGGGGCUGUGCCGGCCGCUGGCGGCGCACUGCGUGGGGUACCCCGCGGUCACGCUCGGCUUCGGCGUCAAGUCCUACGUCGGCCACCGGCUGCGGCUGCGGCGGCAGCGGCAGGUGCGAGCCGAGAACGAGUUCUACUUCCAGCUAAUGCGCGAUGCGCUGCCCGAGAGCGCGCUAGAACAGAAUCAGCAGAGCCAGCAGACAGCGAAGGACCCCGAGCGCAGUAUAGAGUGUGAGUCGCGUCACAUGAACGGCUCGGCGGUGCGGCGCCGCUGCGUGAAGCCCGAACAGAACGGGCACUGCCCGCAGGAGCAGGCAGAGAUAAAAUUUAAGUUAGAUAAGCUAGAAAAGCAUUUAGCACAGCAAACAGCGUUGCGCGAGAAGAGCGCAAACACAGUCGCGCAUAAUGCGCAUCAUAACGCGCACAGUAACGCGCAAAUUAGCGUUCUAACUAAUGCACACGCGCACAGUAACGGCGCGCCUCCUGGCCACGCGGAAGACGACGAAAAGCCUGACCAAAGCAAAGGUAACGCUAAGUCGUCAAAGUGUGAAAAGAAAGAAGCGAGUACAAUUAAAGAAGAAAAAAGAAAGAAUAAAAACAGAGAUAAAGAUAGGGAUAAGGAGAGCAGUGAUAGUCAUAAGAGUACAGAACAAACUAAAGAACAAAUAGUUAAAGAAGUAGAAAGUACAAAAGAAAGUGUAAAAAAUAAAGAUUGUAAUGGUUACAAAGAAAAGGAUAAAGAAAAAGAACGCGAGAAAGAGAAGGAAAGAGAAAAGGAACGAGAUCGCGAUCAGCGCGAAAAAGAGGCGCGCGAGGGUCGUUCGUGCUCGGAGGAGGUGCGGCGGCUGCGGGCGGAGGUGGCGGCGGCGCGCAGCGGCGAGGCGGAGGCCAAGCGCGCGCUGGCCGCCGCCGCCGCCGCCGACCGCCAGCGCCGCGCCGACCACGCGCAGCUCAAGCAGGCGCACGCCGCGCUGCAGCACAAGGUGUCCGCGUGGCGCGGCAGCGAGCGCGCGGCGGCCACGCUGGAGCGGCGCCUGGGCGAGGAGCGGCGCGCGCGCACGCACGUGGAGACGCAGCUGCUGCGCCACCAGCAGCGGCACGCGCGCACCAACAGUGGCGAAUGCGAGAGUGAAUGGUGUAGAGGACGAGCGGUGGCGGUAGAAACGGAAGCGGCCACGCUCAGGCGAGAUCUACAGCGGGCCCACGAUACCAUCACGCAACUCCAGCGAGAUUUGCAUCACGCACACGACCAGGUUCGGUCACUGGAGUCUCGUCAGGAGUCAGCGUCGCUGGCGGGCGCGUGGUCGGCGCUGCAGGAGCGCGCGUCACACCUCGAGCGGUCGCUGUCCGCCGAGACCAGGGUCAAGCUCGACCUGCUGUCAGCCCUAGGGGACGCCAAGCGGCACAUGCACAUACAGGACGCUGUAAAGGUCCAUAUGAGUUACAUCCCUAUUCUUCGUAGGACUAAUAACGAGACAAGAGAAAGAGAUAGAGGAGCUCAAAGCCCAGCUGCUGGCCGUGAUGCCGGCGGAACUGGCCCCCUCGCUGCGGCUGCCCGCCGCGCUGGACCCCAACGCGAGCGUGUACACGCCCAAGCAGCUCUGCUCCGACGCGUGAGCGACCGCCGCGCCCCCACCGACCAAUCACGCCACACCUGUCCAACCUCUAACGGUAACGCGAACACGCCCUCACAUUUUGACACUUGA